GCAGUGAGCGACACCUUACCAUACUGACAAGGACUACUAUUUUUAACCAGAUCUGUCUGCAGUCGCAUAGCCAUGCUAAUACGCGAUGAGACAAGUUAAUCGUUAGAUUUGCUGCAAAAUGCCCCAUUUAGGACUUUCGAAGACAUAUGAUAUUGUGGACAUGUCAUUCUCUAACGUAUACAGUGACAGUACUGCAUGGGCUAUACUGUAACUAGCUACACGAAAUUUAGCUUUUCGAUGUGCUGCCGACGUCACUGUACUUGUGACUGAGGUAACUUGAAACUUACUUCAACUGGUGGCAGAAGCUAACUAACUAAAGGUAUCUAGUUAAUUCGAGGACUGACUAAUUCCUAUGCUGUGGACCAAUGAAUGUGCACGAGUUACGCUGCACAGAAUCCCAAAUUGUGUAAAGUUAGCUGCCUAGCUAACGUUUGCUGUUAUCGUUUCGGUUGCAAUGCUCGGUCGUCACUAUAAUACAUUUAGACUGAUUUGUCUGCUUCAAAGAGUGCUAGCAGAGAACAACAUUAAUGUGCAAGCUGUACGAAGCCCCAGGCGGAAUUUAACCAAGGUAGUUCGCGAAAAAUAUUCUCACUGUUCCGCGUUACCUCAAGGUCAAGUAAACUUUAUUGGAAUGCAGCCGGUCACUGGGAAUGAUGACGUCGUGCCCGAGACCAACAGCAUGGAACAUGACCUCCUGCUGUCACCUGCACAUGAUGCGUGGACAGAUCCAUCUGCUGCUCAGAGGCACUUGCAUUGCAAUGUGAAAGAGCUCAUCGCCCCUGAAAGUGAAACAGUGAAGAGGAUCAAGAAGAGACCCAAAAAGGCGUGUGGAAGGAAACUGAAGUCCAAGUCAUCCAAAUGCUCAGACAAUCUUAUGUCAGAACUUCCAUUUGCAAAUACAGCAAUAUGGAAGGACCUUGGCUUCACCAAGCCAGAAGCCAAUUUGAAGAAGAGGAGAAAGAGAGGGGCGAGUUGUCGAGUAGAAAGCGAGGAGGACGCAGAUAAAAAGAAAAAGAAGAAGGAAGCAAAAAGGCCAAACUACUUUGUUUCAAUACCCAUCACAAAUCGCAAGAUAAGUGAGGACGUGGAGGCGGUACAGGCCCUGGUGAUGCAGAGAGAUGCCAGGCUGACACGGGCUCUGGUGCCUGUGGGCAGUCUCCACAUCACGCUGCUAGUGACCCACUUGUCCAGUGAAGAGGAAGUCAACUUGGCGGUGUGUGCAGUGGACCAGAUGAAGGCAGCUCUGCAGGACGCGCUUCGGGGGCGGGAGCUCAUCCUGCCCUUCCAGAGCAUCGGACAGUUCAGGAACGAGGUGGCAUUUGUGGAGCUGGCCCCGGGAGAGCACCUCACCACGCUGGCCCAGAUUGCAGCGGUUGUGAGGAAGACGUUUGAAGAGAAAGGCCUUCCGUCCUGCGAUAACAAAGCCUUCGAGCCACACCUCACCUUCAUGAAGCUGUCCAGAGCUCCCCAAUUACGCAGACAGGGUGUUAAGAAGCUGGCCCCGGAGCUGUAUUCUGACUACGCUCAGCACCACUUUGGACUUGAGAGGGUGUUCAGACUAGACCUCUGCUCAAUGUUGAAGAAGAAGACCCCCGAUGGAUACUACCACAGAGAAGCGUCUGUCACGUUCGCUCAUUCUUCCUCAGAAAAUGAAACAGCGAAGAGGAUCAAGAAGAGAAUCAAGAGAAGACCCAAGAGGGCAUGAGGACAGGAACUGAAGUCAUUAGAAUUAUCUGGCAGUGUUAUGUCAGAAGUGAACAUCCCUGCCAUGAUCCCAUGUCUCUGUUGUAAUGCCUGGCUUAUCAGCUGCUCUUUCACGACAUCUUGUGGUCGUGAUGCACACUGCAGCCAAAACAUCUCAACCUGCAAUACGUAAACAUUUUCCUUCCAAGCAAGCAAGUCUACUGAAUGCCUUUUUGAGAGGCCAGAUAGCUCUGUCUAGUAGCUUAGUAAGUGGAGAACAGGGAACCACUGUUCUGUACUCUGGCUGGGUUUGUCUCGGCCAUACAAAGUAUGUGUGUGUGUAUUCAUUUGUGUGUGUUCGGUCUGUAAGAGAAGCUUUUAAAGAGACAGAAACAAAUGAAGUGAAUGUUGUCUUGCUUCAGAUUGCUGAAGAACAGCAUACAAGAUAUGUAACAUGUAUAGGUUGACAAGGGGUUUGGGCUAUUACAUUGCAAUAUUUUUGUUGUUAAUUGCACACACGGUCAAACAGAAAUUCUAAGUUGAAAUGUCGGGGGGCUGCCACAUUGAGCUGGGGAGAAAUGAGGGUUAACUGUCUUAGUCAAGGAUGGAACACCAGAUCUUUCUCCUCGCUAGAGCCUCUAUAAUCGGUUAUUCCACAGAGCUUUACCAACAAGCACAUUAGGCAUCCAUUUUAUCAGGAUCGGUCUGGAUGCUAUUCUGUUGUACUGGAUGAGUCCCGGAGAACAGCAGUUUCUGAGAUAGUGGACGAGCACACCACAGUCACACCACAGUCACACCACAGUCACACCACAGUCACACCCCAGUCACACCACAAUGGGCAAAUCAAUCCCUUAGGUAACAUUCGAUGGAACCAACUGAAUGCCCUGAUGCCCUGUCUGCCUGUUUUAUGUAGCAACCUGUAGUCUCGCGAGCCGCAGUCAGCGGAAGCCAUUCAUUUUCGGAAAACCGGGCCGUAAAACUGGCCUCUGACUGCAUGUCACCUGCCACUGGGCUCUCAGUGAAGGCUAGUGAGCAGCGUGCACGCUAUCCCGGUCUCCUCCGGUGAGGUGAGUGCACCGGUCGGCUGUGGGCAAUGUCCUCCGUGAUCUUGGACCUGCUGGCAGCACUGGGUCUGUGGUUCUGCGGGGUACGUGAUGGACCAGUCUGGCCAGCCUCUGGUGUCCCGGGCAAAACGUUGCAGUCGCACGGGUUCACCCAGUCAUGUGACUGCAAGGCUAGUAAAUAUCGUAUUAUGGAUUAUGCAAUAUUUAUGAAUCGUUCUCUUCUUGAAUAAUUUAGUCAUUCCUGUCGGUGGAGGAAAAAGCUCUGGAUUUAUUUGGAAAUCGAUUUUUUUGGGCUAAAUGUCAUGUUUUUGAAAUGUAAUGCGUGAUUGGUAGGUCGAUACCAAUUUCUGACUUGCUCUCAUUCUCCCUCUGCUUUCUUAUAUUCUGUUUCCCUCCACUGCCCACCCCC